AUGUCUACUGACAUUGGGAACCUUCUAGGCAGAUUGGGGAACCAGGAUGCAGCUGGGUGUCCCGCUCCCUUCAUAGGAGAGGCGCUGCACCCGUUUCGUGGAGGCUUCUACGGAGGGCGCAAUUGCGCUGAGAAUCCAUUAGCUCCACCUGGAAAUGCAUCACGAUGUUGUAUUCCGUGUCCUGUCUACGAUUACACCUACCAGGCCGACUUUAAGCGCCUGACUGAUGGCGCUGCAUGGGUGAAUGUGGCAGGCUUCAUCCUCUGUAGCUUUUUACUCCUUUCCAACGCAGUUCUGCCAUCAGCAAUUACGAGAAGAUCGUACUUGAAUAUCGUCAUCCUCGUCGGAAUCCUCAUCCUCGAGCUCGGAUUUAUCGUCCCGCUGGCACGACAACCAGAACAAUGCUUCGAUCCAGUCACACCAAACGGACAGGGCAGCGACCUGACAUGUGCCUUCUCUGGAGCUUUCCUUGCAUUCGGCCUGCUGUUCUACGUGGUUUGGAUCUUGAUCAGAAGUCUGUUCAUGCAUGUACAGGUUUGCUGGAACCGCACACCGGACAAAAUCGCCUACAUCGCGGCCAAUGUGGCUGCGUUCUCUAUCACCAUCAGCUUGACUACCGCCACUCUCGCUCAUACUGGUGUGUCAUACCGCUUUGGAGGCUAUUGUCACAUCAAUGUACGUUCUCUCGCGACUUAUUGGGGUUGGCUCUUCGGUUUUGGAGGCACAGCUUGCCUGCUCCAAAUCGCAACAAUGAUCUAUUGUAUAAAGGUCUACAUGAGCUCGGCAUGGAACAAGCGCAACGACCCAUCGACGAAGUCUGCUUCGAUCGUCAGCUCUUCUCGGACACAAAGCGCGCGAGCAAAGGCUCGUCGCGUUCGACAGCUGAUACCUUGGCUUCUUUGCAUAAUCGAGACACAAGAAAAGGAACAAUGUCUUAACCUCACAAGUCCUUUCAUCAUCUCGGAAAAUAUUGCGGUUGCCACUUUGUUCAUAUUGAGCUUCGUUGGUAUCGAGGCAUUCUUCUUGCUAUGCAGAUGGGAAAUCUUUGGGGCAUGGUGGUCACUUAUUCGACGGCCUCGAUGGAAGCGCAACAAUAGCUCGGUCUCCAAUUUCAUGGUUCAUCAAGCACAGCAACGAGAGCAGAAGACGCCAGUAGUGGAGGAGAAAACGCCGCGAGAGCAGGAGACUGCUGUCAAUGAUACAAACGCCGCUCGUCCAGGUCGGGAUGACACUGCUGCUGCAGGAGUUUGA